CGUCACCGCGCCCCUCCCUCGCGCUCUCCGCUGCUAGCACAGUUAGCAGUAGCACGUUAGCCUCCAGCAGCUGUCGGUGGCAGUCAGUCAGCCAGCCAGCCUGUCAGUCCGAGUGGUGGUCGCAUUUGUAAAUCUCCUCCUCCUCCUCCUCCUUCCAACCCGUAGAAAAACCGAGGACGGCCGGGUUGUUUCUCCGGGAGCCAGCUGCUUCACCUCUACGGGCUACCUGCGCUAAAAUAUUGUCGUCCUCGCCGUCACGACAGGAAGAAGCCCUGGGACAUGGCCAGACCAGAACAAGUCCUGGUGCUAGAGCCACAACACGAACUGAAAUUCAGAGGCCCAUUUACAGAUGUUGUAACCGCCACUCUGAAGCUCACCAACCCCACAGAUAGAAAUGUGUGUUUCAAAGUCAAGACAACCGCACCUCGCAGAUACUGUGUCCGCCCGAACAGUGGCAUCAUUGACGCUGGAACCUCCAUCAAUGUUUCUGUUAUGCUACAGCCUUUUGACUACGAUCCCAAUGAAAAGAGCAAACACAAAUUCAUGGUGCAGUCCAUGCUGGCUCCGUAUGACAUGACUGACAUGGAAGGAGUUUGGAAGGAGGCCAAGCCUGAAGAGCUGAUGGAUUCAAAGUUGAGAUGUACAUUUGAGAUGCCUCUAGAAAAUGACAAAACUCAUGAGAGUGAAAGCAACAAAACUGUGUCUUCCUCUACCUCUGUUAAGACUGAGCACUCUGUGCUGCCCAAGUCAGCCAGCGCCUCGCUGGAUGACGGCGAGGUGAAGAAGAUCAUGGAGGAGUGCAAGCGGCUGCAGAUGGAGGUGCAGAGGCUACGGGAAGAAAACAAACAGAUCAGGGAGGACGACGGCCUGCGAAAGAGAAAGGUGACAUCAAUGGCUGCUCCUCACUCCUCCGCCAUGGCGACCACAGCCAUGAGGGACGAAGGCCUGAGCACCCGCGUCCUGGCGCUCUGCGUCCUCUUCUUUGUGAUCGGAGUCAUCAUUGGCAAGCUGGCCCUGUAGAGACACAGACGGACAGAGCACAGUGAUGGACGGGCGGACGGACGGACGGACGGACGGACGGACAGCGUGCUCGGAAGGACACGUGUCAGUGAUGGCAACGGGGAUGUCUUCUGGGUUUAUGUUGAUCUGUUUGUUUUUUUUUGUUUUUGUUUUUUAACAUCUAAGGCAAUAUCAUGAUGGUUUGUUUGGAUGGAAAAUAAUUUAAAGUGUAAAAAGAAAACGAAGGAAGGCGAUUCCAAGUUAAACCAUGAGUGCGAGCAUUUUUGUCACAGGUCUUGCCUUGUCUUUUUUUCUUUUUCUUUUCUUUUUCUUUUUCUUUUUUUUUUUGUGAAAUAAUCACCACCUUUGAUCUGUUCUUUCCGUCCAUCUCUACUUUCUAAAUGAUCUUCCCCAACUUGCACAGGUAACAGUUAGUGGUAUGUGGAAGUGGCUUCAGGCUGGCUGAAUGUCUAAAGUCUUUCAUUGAUUCUUUAUUGACUCUUAAGUUCCUCGCUCACGUUGUCUAUAAGAAAAGCUCUAACACUCCUCCUCUGAUAAUCUCUCUUCCACUUAUUACUGUUAAUCUGCAAGGAGAGUUGAACACAAUUGAUCAGUGAAAGACUUUUUUUUUUUUUUCUAGACUCAAACUUUAUGUAUCGUCUUCUAAACAGUUUGUGGUAUAAAUAUGAGCCAGUAGAAGCUGCGUGUGUGUGCGUCCUGUUGAUUUUUUUUUUUUUUUCUUUUUCUUUUGGCCUCCCGCAGGAGCGCUGAUGUGACUGACUGUGUGUGGAUGUUUUUAUGUGAGGAGACCACAAACGGUGAAAUCACAGGCUGUUUUAGAACAAAGGAAGAGGGCUGGUUAUUAAAAAAAAAAGAAGAAAAAAAAACGUCAUCUGAACAGAUUUCCUGUACACAACUGAAAAACGGGGGUGUUUGUUGCAAAUCAGAUUUAAACUUUUGAUGAUUUCAGUCACUGUCCAGACCAAGGAAUCUGUAGAAAAUGUAAAUCAAUAUUCGGUCCAUGUGUAAAAAAAAAGAAAAGAAAUUACGACUCAGUAAAAUCGAGGUUAUGACGAAGAACACAUGCUGCUCAGUGAUCUGUUUUUAAAAGCUGUAAUUUAGUGCAAGACAUCAGAUGUUUCCAGUUCUUGAUUUAUUGCUUCCUCAGGUCGAGAGAGUGACGCUAGACUGAAAAAAAAAAAGAAAUUUCCAACUUUAAAGCCGUGGACAUGUCAUGCAAAACCAACUCGAGCAUUUUCAAUAUACAACAUAGAGUAUGUAACAAGUAGUUUUGGCCGCCUUAUUUAAUUUUGCCCAUGGAGUGUUGAAUUUGCGUCCUCUGGUGUAUUACAGCGGUUGUUUGCUUUUCUCUCCCCCUCCCCCUCCUUGUAUUAUCAUGUAGCCACAAUGCUUCUGUUGUUUAUAAUAUUCAAAUGCACUAUAUUCAAUUGUGCACUCUGCAGUAUGCAUGAAAUGGCCUGGAUUUAUUCUUAUUUUUUUUUUGAGUGUUGGAAAUUAUAUUAGCAAAACAAACAAAAAAAAAAGAAAUACUGUCUUUUCAAAAGGGACCAUCUUGAGUCUGGUUUUUCAGUUGGUGUGUUUUGUUUCCUUUUCGAUCAUCUUUUUCCGUUUGUUUUCUGUUGGGCUCUGGUGGUUGUGAGAUAACACAGCUGUAUUAUCUUGGCUAUCACAUGACCAUCGCAGCAAACUCGGGUUGUUGAAACAUUUAACAAAAAAAGAAAAGAAAAAAAAAGAAUAAAUAUCUACAUUUUUCGUUGCCUGAGGGAGCAGAGACGUGUGGAUGUGGGCAGCCGGGAGGAGGACUGACCUGUGAAUACACACUACAUUAAAGAGAAAACAAUGAAAGAAAAAAAAAAGGCAUCAGCGCUUCAGACCACACCUGCAGAGAUACAGUCACAACAAUGUAAUCACACAGUAAUUGGAUACUCUUUUUGUAUGUACAUAAAAAUAAAAAAAGACAAAGUACUUAAAAAGAUAACUGGCAAAGUUAUUAACAUACUGUAGUAAAGGAAGAAAAUUAAACAACCACCAUGGAUCAUGUAGCAUCAUAAUGAAUUAAAAUACAUAAACCCCCCAA